AUGUCUGACAGGACAGAUCGCGAUCGAGAAUAUCGCAGACAGCGGAGACUAGAUCCCACGUUUCGUCAAAAUGAACAAGAGCGUCGAAGAAUAAAUCGACAAAUGAAAUGUUUGCCGAUGUGGGAAACAGUAAAGCGAUUUUCGCUUAACAAAAAUAUGCAUGCUACAGCACAAAGCUUCGGUGAUUGGCUUCUUACUGUUGGAAACGGUUCAGUAUCUCAUCUGACAGUUCGUGAAUUCCUAUGUGAAAACAUAAUCGGUGAAAUACUAACUGAAGAUGUAUUACGCACCUCAGUUCUUCUUGCUCCACUAAAUGAUCAAGUUCAUAAACUUAACAGUGCCGUCCUACAAAAACUGCCCGGCAAUAUUAUUGAAUCCCGUUCAUAUAAUAAAGCUACUUCAUGUGAUGGUGAUGAAACGGACGAUGAAAGUGUAAUGUUGCCCUUUCAGCCAGAAUAUUUGGCGAAAGUCAAUAUCACAGGAUUGCCGAUUCAUAUACUUCAACUUAAAGUUAGAGCUGUAGUGAUGCUAAUCAGAAAUUUGUGUAUUGCCGAUGGAUUGUGCAAUGGCACACGUCUGAUUGUACGGAAAAUAACUAAAAAUGUUCUCUUUUGUACAGUUAUGACUGGAAGUAAAGCUGGUAGUUCAGCUUGCAUCCCUCGCAUUACUUUAAAUACUGGUGAUAAUAAAGAGUUGCCUUUCGUUUUGCAUCGCACGCAAUUUCCAGUCAGACUCGCAUUCGCUAUGACAAUCAAUAAAGCUCAAGGCCAGACUUUUGACAAAGUUGGCCUUUACAUAGACCAGAAUUCUCCACUAUUUGGCCAUGGCCAACUAUAUGUUGUUUUAUCAAGGUGCCGGAGCAUGUCUGGGAUAAAAAUUCAGAUUGUUGGUGCAAAUAGUGACAUUGAAAGUUCCUCAAUUAAGAACAUUGUUUACACAGAACCGUGGCCUGAGUCUGUAGCCGAAAGGACCUGCGAAGAAUUCGAACCCAAAGUGCCAGUGGAGGAGAUUGUGUCUCUGGGAAAAUCUAUGGGCCUGGUGAUGGAUGAAAGAGACGUGAACGAGCUCGUCAAGGAGCACUCUCAGGAACUGACGACCGAGGAUUUACAAGCAUUCGGGGGUUCUGCAAGAAAUUGGGUUCGAGGUGGAGGAGGUUAUAUCUACAAGUGA